UCUGUGGAUAAUUGUUGUCAGCAUGGUUUUCCUUUAAACAAGUGUUCAUAUAAAGACAAGUCACCCAUCAUGAUUGGAUUCAAACAAGGUCAUACAGAAAUGAUACAAAUGUUGUUGGACAUGGGAGCAGAAUAUUAUAAACGUGACAGGACGGGUAGGUCACCAUUACUGAAGGCUUGUAAGCAUGGUCAUACAGAAAUACUUAAUAUGCUGUUACAAAAAGGUGCAGACUGUCGUGUAUGUGAUAAUAUGGGAGAGUCAACUUUAAUGGUUGCUUGCAAACAUGAGAAUACAGAAAUAGUAACGAUGUUGUUGGACAAAAAAGUAGACUGUAAUAAAUGUAACAAUUUUGGAGAGUCAUCGUUAAAAAUGGCUUGUGUACAUGGUAAUAUAGAAAUAGUAAAGAUGUUGUUAGACGAAGGACAGUUACCUGUAGUGGUUGCCCUUAUACAUCACCAUGCAAAUGUGGUAAAGAUUUUAUUAGAAAGAGGAGACAAUUUAUUUGAGCGUAGCUUCCUUUGUAAGUCAUAUGUACGAAAAGCUUGUGAAGAUGGCUUUGCAGACAUAGCAGAGAUCUUGCUAGACAGAGGAUCAGAUUGUAAUAAAUGUGAUGAGAAUGAUAAGUCGCUUUUAAUGAUGGCAUGUGAACAUGGUCAUAUAGAAAUAGUAAAGAUGUUGUUGGACAAAGGAGCAGACUGUAAUAAAUUAGAUUACAUGGGACAGUCCCCUGUAGGGAUUGCUCUAAGACAUCAUCAUACAAACGUGGUAACGAUUUUAUUAGACAGAGGAGACAAAUUAUUUGAACGGGGCUUCCGUGGUGAGUCACAUGUAGAAAAAGCAUUUGAACAUUGUUAUACAGACAUAGUAAAGAUCUUGCUAGACAGAGGAACAGAUUGUACUAAAUGUGACGAGAAUGGUGAGUCGCCUGUUAUGAAGGCUUUUAAACAUGGUCAUAUAGAAAUAGUAAAGAUGUUGCUAGACAAAGGGGUAGACUGUAAUAAAUGUGACGAGAAUGGUGAAUCGCCUAUUAUGAAGGCUUGUAAACAUGGUCAUAUAGAAAUAGUAAAGAUGUUGAUAGACAGUGGCACUGACUGCAAUAUAAGUAACCGGUAUGGGGAGUCACCUGUAAUGAUGGCUUGUAGACAAGGUCAUUCGGAAAUCGUGAAGAUGUUGUUAUACAAAGGAGCAGAUUAUAAUAAAUGUGACUGGUACGGUGAUUCACUUGUAAUGAAGUCUUGUGAACAUGGUCAGAAAGAAAUAUUACAGAUUUUAUUAGACAAAGGCGCAGAUUAUAGUAAACGUAAUAGGGAAGGUCAGUUACCAGUUAUGAAGGCAUGUGAACAUGGUCAGAUUGAAAUAUUAAAGAUGUUGUUCAACAGAGAAGCAAAUUAUAAUGAAUGUGACUGGUAUGGUAAGUCACUUGUAAUGAUUGCUUGUGGACAUCGUCAAAACCAAACAAUAAAUUUGCUGCUAAACAGAGGAGCAGACUAUAAUAAAUAAGACGGGUAUGGUAAGUCACCUUUAAUGCAGGCUUGCGAAAAUGGGUAUACAAAAAUAUUAAACAUGCUGUUAGACAGUGGAGCAGACUGUAAUACAAGUGAUUGGUACGGGGAGACACCUGUAAUGAAGGCUUGUAGGCAUGGUAAUACAGACAUAUUGAAGAUAUUGUUAGACAAAGGAGCAGAUUAUAAUAAAUGUAACAAGGAGGGACAGUCACCUGUAAUGAUGGCUUGUAAGCAUGGUCAUACAGAAAUGGCAAAGAUGUUUUUUAACGGUUAAGCAGACUGCAAUAUAUAUGUGACCGGUAUGGGGAGUCAUCUAGUAUGACUGUCACUUCGGUCUCUUUUGUCUCUCUUGUGUAUACAAGGUCAUGUAAAAAUAGUGAAGAUGUUGUUAGACAACGGAUUAGAUUAUGCUACAUGUAUUCCAACAUUAAAAAUCCAUAUUAUACUGCUGUAUAGAUGUAUUCUAACAUUAUACAGCAAAAUAUAUGAUACUGUUGUAUAGAUGUUUUCUGACUUUAAAAAGCCAUAUUAUACUUCUAUAUAUAUGUAUUCUGACAUUAUAAAGCAAUAUGAUACUGUUGUAUAGAUGCAUUCUGACAUUAAAAAGCAUUAAUAUACUGUUUUACAGAUUUGUUCUGACAUUACAAAAAGCCACAUUAUACUGCUAUUUAAAUGUAUUCUGACAUUAUAAAGCAAUAUGCUACUGUUCUAAAAAAAAUUUCUGACAUUAUAAUGCAAUAUGAAACUGUUGGAUAGAUGUAUUCAAACAUUUUAAAGCAAAACGAUUCACCUGUAAAGAUGUUUUAUGACAUUUAAAUGCAAUACAAUACUGUUGCAUAGAUGUAUUAUGACAUUACAAGACAAUAUUCUACAGUGGUAACAUUAUAGAGAAAUGUUAUACUGAUGGAACAUAUACCACUAUCAAAAGAUAUAAUAUCGUUCCAUAAGGAUCUGCUACUUAUGUAAACAUAUCUUUCUAUUAUUGUUGUGAAUAUGUCUGAACUAUAGUUGUAUAAAUAUGGAUGUGUUAUUGUUGUAAAUA